AAUCUGCUUCCUGUUAUGUCUGACUGCACCGGCAUCUGUGACCUGCACGGAUAAAACCACAGCAGAAAUAAAGAAGAAAUGGACUCAGAUACAGAAAUGCACAGGAAGGAGAGUUCCAGUGAAAACCCAGACCCAGUCAAAGCCAAAUGUCCCCCAGUGCUUGUGGACGAUGUUUAUCUAAACGGACCAACGCUGGACGUAAACGGAGCAGAAGACUUUAUCCGUGAAUCCAUGAGAAUCAUCACGGAGGACGCAGUGAAGAAGGCGACCGAUGUCAGAGAAAAGGUGUGUGAGUGGCAUUCACCUGAGGACCUGAAGGAGCUGCUGGACCUCCAACUCACAGACGAAGGAGAGUCUGACACCAGGAUCCUGGAGCGAUGCAGAGACGCCAUCAGAUACAGCGUCAAGACCACUCAUCCUCGCUUCUUUAACCAACUCUACGCUGGGAUGGAGCCGUACUCCAUGGUGGCCAGUUUCAUUAUCGAGGCCCUGAAACCCAGUCUGUACACGUAUGAGGUGUCUCCAGUUUUUACCCUGGUGGAGGACGCUGUGCUGAGGAAGAUGAGAGAGGUGAUUGGCUGGAAGGAAGGAGGGGACGGCAUCUUCAACGCAGGUGGAUCGCUGUCCAACAUGUAUGCCGUGAACUUGGCCAGAUACCAUCACUGCCCUGACGUUAAAGAGCUCGGCCUCUCUGCUGUUCCACGACUCGUCCUCUUCACCUCACAGGAGUGUCAUUACUCCAUUUCCAAAGCUGCAGCCUUUCUGGGCAUCGGCACUAAGAAUGUUUACGUGGUUCCAUCUGAUAACAGAGGGAAGAUGAUUCCCACGGCUCUGGAGGAGCUGAUACAGACUGCUAAGAGUGAGGGUGCGGUGCCGUUCAUGGUCAACGCCACAGCUGGGACCACAGUGCUCGGAGCCUUCGACCCCAUUGAGGAAAUCGCAGACAUCUGUGAGAAACACAACCUGUGGCUGCACGUAGACGCUUGUUGGGGAGGAGCAGCUCUGAUGUCUGCAAAGCACAAACACCUGUUAAAGGGCGUCCACAGGGCGAACUCGGUGGCCUGGAACCCUCAUAAGAUGCUGAUGGCGUGUCUGCAAUGCUGCGCUUUCCUGGUCAGAGACAAAACGGGUCUUCUCCAGCGCUGUUACUCCGCCAGGGCCUCCUAUCUCUUCCAACAGGACAAGUUCUACGACGUCAGCUACGACACCGGGGACAAGUCGGUCCAGUGCAGCAGGAAACCCGACGCCUUCAAGUUCUGGCUGAUGUGGAAGGCUUUGGGAAGCAAAGAGCUGGAGCAGAGGGUGGACAGGGCCUUCGCCAUGGCCAAGUAUCUUGCACAGGAGGUCAAGAAAAGAGAAGGGUUCCGCCUGCUGAUGGAGCCUGAAUAUGCAAAUGUCUGCUUCUGGUACAUUCCACCCAGUCUCAGGGAUCUUCCAGACAGCACUGAAUUGUGGGAAAAAAUCCACAAGGUGGCGCCGGUGGUGAAGGAGCGUAUGAUGAAGAAGGGCAGUAUGAUGGUGGGCUACCAGCCCCAUGGAGACAAGGCCAACUUCUUCAGGAUGAUCAUCAUCAGCCCUCAGGUCAGCAGACAGGACAUGGACUUUGUCCUGGAUGAGAUAGACCGACUGGGACGGGAUCUCUGAACAAUGACCCACGUCGUCUCAUCUGCCACGGACCAGCAUCACAUGUCCCCUUUGUUUAUUUAACUCCUGGUUUUGAAGGAUAUUGAGACGUUCAGGUGCUGCUUAAAGGUGGGGUCUGAGUUCUUAGAAAAACAGUUCCAGCAGCUACAUUUUGAAAAUGCUCAGUUCAAAAGUCCAACCCCUUUCUUCAGAUGUCCCUCCGAGGCCACGCCUCCAGAGUAGUGGC